AUGCUGCAGAACUCCAGCCACAGGGAAGCCAUGGUCCAUGUGGAUAAGACCCGGAGGGAGCAGGACAGGGAAGGGGUAUGGGCAGCGGCAGGGGGAGCCCUGGCCCCCAGUACCUCCUCCCCAUUCUCCCCUGAGCCUCCAGGGGCCUCAGGCAGCAUCAUCCCUGUCUACUGUGCCCUCCUGGCCACCGUGGUCCUUGGUCUGCUUGCCUAUGUGGUCUUCAAGUGCUGGCGCUCACGUAAACAAAGGCAGCAGCUGGCCAAAGCUCGGACCGCAGAGCUGGGGGCCCUCAGUAGGGACCAGCUGCAUGGGGACAGCAGUGUCUUCCGGGACUCUCCAGGCGGCCUGGAGCCCUGUGCCCCCAGCCAAGGGCUGCCGCCUGAACUUGGCUGCCGGCUUUACCUCCACCUUCCUCGGCAGCAGCAGGAGGAAGUGGAACGGCUCCUGGAGGUGUCGGGUGAACUGGCCAACGGCUGGCGGGGCCUGGCGGGCCGCCUGGGCUACCAGGCUGAGGCAGUAGAGACCAUGGCCCGGAGCCCGGGGCCCGCCUCUGCCCUGCUGAAGGACUGGGUUGUCCAGGAAGGCAGUGGCGCCACCCUAAGAGCACUAGUAGACGCCCUUGCUGCCAUGGGUCGUGAAGACGUGGUUCGGGCCCUGGGUCCCCCGGCCGAGGGUUGCUCUGUGGUGUGA